AUGAAUAUACUGGCUGUUUCUAUUUUUUCAGUACUUUUAAUAAGUGCUGGAUCUCAUUUUGCAAAUGGAGGUGAUGUUCCAGCCCUGAUCUGGUCGCCAACUAGGUCAAUGGCAGACCUUCCCCAAGUGAUUGCAGGGAAAAAAAUUGAUGCCAGCAGUUUUCACUCAAAAUAUCUUGUUCCUUUGGCAAAAGGUUCCAGAGCUUUUAUUGUAUUUUUGCAAGACAAGUUUGGUUUAGAUUAUCUGUCUCGAUAUGCUGACAUUUACAGCAAAGACAGUUCAGGAGGAGCUUUUAAAAAUGUCAAGCAUUUUAUGGAAGACCAAUUCUCUACCAAUUUGCCUUCUGUGCUAGAACCCAUGUCUGCUAUUGAUAGCUUAAAGAAAACCUUUCACAAUGAUUUAGUUGAAAUUCAUGAGCCAUCAAAGCUGGCAACUAUGGAAAUCAAAACAGACAAACCCCAACUGGUUCUUGUUCAUCUUCCUGACUUGGCUGGGAAAAAGAAUGAAGAGGCUGCUAUUAAAAAUAAUGAUGAUUUGAUUGCAAAAAUGCUGCAAGAAUUAAAAAAUCGUAAAGUGGAUUAUGCAGCAGUGUUGACUGGAGAACAAGCACCCCCAGAGGAAAAGGAUUCCAAUUACCUUGGGCGCCAUCUCUUGCAAGUUGAGCCAAAGGCAAAUAAUACAAACCUCACUGGCAUAUACCUCGAUUUUCCAAAUUGUCCAUUUUAUGCUGAAAAAUUUCAAGUCGACAUUAGAUCUGGUGCAAAUGUUACAACAUACAACAUGGUGACGGUCAUUAGCAAAAGUAGUAACUGUGUUAACAAUACAGCUGCAAUGAGUUUCAGUUUACAAUCUGAGAACAAAAGCAUGACUGCCAAUUUCAGUCUGAACUUUAAUAUGAGCAGAAGAUCUAACUGGAAUUUACAGAGCUUCAAUAUUGAUUACACAUUGAAGGGUGAAAGUACAAGCGCUUCUUUGGAUGUUUCUGAUAUUAAUGCACCAAACGAUUUCUCUUAUCAUUGUACACAACAACCAUUGCUAAAAUCUAACCUUACAGGACCUUCAGCUGUUGUUGUCCGAUUGGAAAAUUUCCAGGUGCAGCCAUUUAAUGCAGUCAAUGGAACUUUCUCAACUGCUUGGGAUUGCACAGGAUUCUUCACCAUUGGCAUUUGGAUGGGUCUCUUCAGUACUUUAAUUCUUGCCUUAAUCAUAGCAUUUGGUCUCUUUAUGAUCAUGGACAUCAAAACCAUGGACAGAUUUGAUGAUCCCAAAGGCAAAGCAUUUACUGUGACUGCUGUUGACAGCUAA